AUGAAUGCUCCACUGAAUCCUUCGGAAAAGGUCCAAAAGUUAAAGUCGGCCCGGGAUUUGCUGAUUGCCCGUUGCAAAUUGUUGACGCCGUAUUCGGACGACUGGUAUUUGACACGAAAACAACUCCAACAAAUCACGGAAGAAGGCGAAAUCACGGCCGAGCAAGUGCGGGUCUACUCCCUCAAGGCGAGUUUUGAAAAGGCCUAUCCUGAUACUGCUGUUAGAAAAAAAGAUUGGCAAUGUCCCAUUUGCAAAGAGGGUUUUCACGAGUAUCUGGAUGAUCCAAGUUCCUGGUUGCCCUGUUGCCAACGACGAAUUUGCAAAGGUUGUCGUGACGGCAAACCAUCCGAACACAAGAAAUGUCCCUCCUGCCAAUCAAAAGAAUACUUUCCCCUGAAUAAAUUGGACGAAGUCUACAAGAUUCAAGAUAUUGAAGAACCCUGGGCCCAUUUGCGCAUGGCUUUGUUGCUAGAAGAAAAUGGACGACACGACAAGGCGGCCGAGUAUUUGUGGAAGGCGGUUGACGCAAGUCACCCAGUCGCCAUUUGUCAUUUGGGCCAAGCGCAUUACACGGGAAGCAAUCCUAAUAUUCCGCAAUCGAAUGAAAAUGCCCGAGCCUUGUUCCUCAAAAGUGCCAAACAGGGGUAUCCGGAAGCCCAAUACAAUUUGGGGUUGUUUUGUUUGGAAGAAGACAUUAACGAUGUGGCGCCCAGCACGCAAGAGUCCCGAGCGAUGCAAGCUCAGAAGCAACGCCGCAAAAUACAAAUACAGCAAGAGGGUUUGAGAUGGAUCUCAUUAGCGGCAGUUGGAGGGAGUGUGACAGCCCAAGGCAUGUUGGCCACUAUGUAUUGCAAUUCCCUGGGGCAAGAGGCUCCCGUAAAAAAAAACAUGUUUCUGGCCAAGUAUUGGGCCCAACAGGGUGCUACCAAAGGAGAUGGGUCCUGUCAGCUAGUAUUGGCCCAAGUCUUGAUGAUAUUGGCAAGUCAAACCUUUGAUGGUAGUUACAAUCAGGUUGGGUACAAUCCGAUACCAAGGGUGUUGUUUUUGUUGCGCAAAACCGCUGCUGCCAAUGACGACGAAAGUAGUAGCAUCCAAACGGAAACCAACAAGGAAAAUGCGCUCAAGACUUUGAGGAAUAUGGAAGGGCAAAUAUCGGUCAAGUGUGCCAAUUGCAAUGCACAAAAUGUACCACUCUCUCAAUGCCGACAAUGUCGUGGAGUUCACUAUUGUAGUAAGACCUGCAGCACAGAACAUUGGAAGAAGGGACACAAGCUGGACUGUUUGAAAAAGGAAGAAACUUCCGAGUUGGAAGAUUAUUUGCACAAGAUUUCGGUAUCCCAACCACCGGCUGGGACUGGCUUGUCGUCCAUUGCGGAAGAUUUGGCCACGCCGACGGCGGCUACGACGGAAAUGGUCGAACCAACACAAGCAGCAGCAGCAGCAGCAGCAGGGGCGGGAUCUAUAUGGUCGGGGAAUGCAUUAAACUAG